CAAUAACACAUGAAUAAAAAAAUGCUUAUUUAACAUGGGAAACAAAUAAAAACACAUGUAAGAACGAGUUUUGUCGUCACUUUUCCAGUUUCAGUAACAUUGUCUCACUGUGAUUCAGUGAAACCACGAUGUUCUCCGUCGCCGUGGAAGACUCCAGGUAACGUUUAGCAACUAACCUAACUAACUAACUAAAUAACCUUUGUUUAACCAAACAGCUUUGUUGUAAAUCAUCCAGAGAAAGUGUCUGUGUGUCGUGUCCCUUUGUGAUGAACUGUGUGUCUUUUUCUGUUAAUGUCUGUGAACUAUUUCCACAAAAGCAGCUUUCACAGAAACCCCUCGUUUCCCUUUUUCACAUAGCAUCUUUUCAUAGACACGAUGGUUCUCAGAACAGUUCCUUACUGUUGAAAAGACAAAUGCACUCACCCAACCUUUCGCCCUCACUCUCCCACACCAAAGUCCGGGACACAGGAGCUGCUGCUCUACUGCUGCCUCGUGUGGUCACUUUGUGUCAAUGAGGUAAAUCUGAACCGAGCCGAAUCGUGCCGAUCUUUACAAAAUAAGACGUUUGAACUUAGUGAUGGACGCAGCAGUGGAUCAACAACUCCUGUGUGCUGUGAUGUUAAAAUCACUGGUUUUCUCUAUGGGGUUUGGUGUGGGAGAGUGAGUGCUUUUUUCAAACGUCAGUUUCCUGUUGGGAAAGUCUGUCUGACAGUGAGAUAAAGACGUGAACAUGUCCAAUUUCCCUAAAAGCACUUGAGCGCCUUCGGUCAGACGUGUGAAUAUGAAGCACCAGUUUUCUGAGAAUAAGAGGGGGUACUGAUGCUGCGCUAACCGCCCGGUGAAACUUCCUCAUUUCAGCUCAGUUAUAUGUUUGAGGUUUGCUUCUGUUUUCUACUUCUGAACCUGAUCUUGCGGAUUCAGUUGAGACCAAACGGUAAGUCUUUCUGAGACCUCUCCUAAUUUAUCAGGAUUUGUCGUAUUAGAUGAUACAAAUAAAUUGUUGGGGUUUUUUUUAUUUUCAAUUAAAACGUGCAUAUUUUUUUAUGAAAUUAGGUUACUUUUUGUUUAUUAAAUGAAUAAAACUCUAAAACUUUCUUUUUUAGUUUUUUCAUUGUUUUUUGUUAGUUUUUCUAACAUUUUCUUUUUCCAGAGUCAAUAAAAACCAAUUCAAUCAAUCAUAUCAUAUGACAAUUUCAUGCGUGUGCAAAAGUUAAGUUAAGUUAAGUUAGGUUGUGAUUCAAAAACGCAUUCACGGGACGAUUUUAGUGUUUAGAUUCUACUUCAGCGCUUUUCCACGACACAGUUCCAGCACGACUCGACUCGACCCAAGUUUUUUUUUUUUUUUGCUUCUCCAUCAGUGAUAGGACCUGGUACCGGGUGGGUGUUUUUUUUUUAGUUCCUGCUCUGACGAGGUUCCAAGAGCCGAUGCUAACCUGUGACGUUGACGCACUGCCGGCCACUGAUUGGUCAGAGAGUGUCGUCACUGAAAGAGUAUAUAAUCGACUGAUUCUAAUGAUUCACUUAACCGGUCAGAGUCGAGCCGUGCCGGGACAACGUAGUGGAAAAGCGGCAAAAGUGAACCAGACGGUUUCCUGAUUCUGUUUGUUCUCUUCUCCGACGAUCCAGUGUUUGACAGUGACGAGGCCAAAGAUGCGGCGCCUCCUCUCUCUCGCCGCUCUCCUUCUGUCCAUUGAUCCCACAGAGGCGGAAGUGGUGGAUGAUCUGGCUCAGUGUUCUGAUUUUUUUCUUUUCGGAACUCCACCAGAGAUCCAAGGAAUCCUGGAGGAUGGGAAAAUCCUGGAGCAGAACAGAUACAAGCCAAUUUGCCAGACUUUGGACUACAUGCGGACGUUUGUGACGCUUUACGAUACUGCCAACAAGAUUCCAGUGUUUUCUGCUUACAGGUACCACAGGACAGACCCUAACAUCUGUAGACCCAAGUUGAAAAACAACCCGAGGAAUAAAAAGCAGAGGAAAUACCAGUGGAAAAUAGAACCACAGUUGGAGAACAUACAGGACAAUGUCAACAUGAAGCCAUCACAUGACACCAUGAGACACCAGGCUGGGAAUUCGAACUACAGUGGCUGUGGUAACCUGGGCUACAGCAGAGGACAUUUAUUACCAUGCUCUUAUGGUAACACUGAACAUGAGAAAAAUUCUACCUUUACCCUGACCAACAUUGUUCCUCAAAGGGAAAAAUUCAAUCAGGGAAGCUGGCGAAACAUGGAGGAAUGCGUCAAAUGUCUCUUGGACGAAUACUGCAUCGACAAUAAUGGUAAAACGGAAGGUUAUUUGGUAAUCGGAGCACAGCCCGGUGAAACACGCCUGAAUGAUGCGGUUAAUAUUCCAUCCAUUCUCUGGUCAGCAUUCUGUUGCUACAGUCACAGUCGGGAUAAGUGGUUAGCAAGUGCAUAUUGGGGGGAAAACAGAGAUGAUGACGAUCGUUCUCUCCAGAUGAAGACUUUGGCGCAGCUCCAUGAUGAACUGAGAACCCCUGUUGAAGCAUUUCCUCAAGUCCAGUGUCCUCGCAACACAACAGAGACCUUCCAGAACCUUCCAUCACUGCACUGUAAACAUCUUCAGCCUCUCUGAGAAGUUUGUCUUUGUCUUCUAGUGCUACUAGUGCUCAGCCAGAUACCAAUUUCCCAAAUUCCUCCAUCCUUUGUCCUCCUCCUGCACAGGUUAUUAUUGACUAUUACCAGAGUGCAAUUGUCUAUCAAGUAAACCUGUUACUAAUAGUUAAAAAUUGUUUGUCUUUCUACUAACAACCACUGGAAAUAAAAUGUUAUGCUGAAAAGCUGUGACACGUUCACUUUUGAACACAGUGACGUUUGGCAGA